AUGGAGCAUCAUGAUGUAGAUGAGGGGGGGAUGUUCUUUACGGGGUGGGCGAUUUAUUCGGGAGAGGGGAGUUCAUCGACUGUUGAGAGUCGAAAGGGAAAGGGGAAAGAUGUUGAUGACCUUAGCUGGAAGGUCACAGGUCCAGUUGCAGGAGGACCUACGGUUGGGUCAGUUAUCCCUAGUUUUGGUGGACACGUAGCUAUGGAGAUUUGGGGAGGAGGAGAUAGAAUUCCCCUGAAGUGUCAGACCCGAGAGAGGAUUUGUGCACGUUUGAGGACAUGGGUUAGGACAUUGCCUCCACCGAUACAGGCUCGUCUUCGUAGGACGUCUCUGUACCAUAUCCCUUUUACUAUGUUCACACACAUUGAUGCACCCUUGAUUUCAGCAUUUGUCGAGCGGUGGCAACCCGAUACGAGUUCUUUUCACCUACCGUUUGGGGAGAUGACGAUCAUGAUGCAUGAUGUAGUGCAUAUAUUGCAUCUUCCAGUUGAGGGGUGUCUGGUUCAUGACACCACUUCAUCUGGUGCUCUUAGGGGUUUGGUUGCUGACUUGAUCGGUAGGACAGUUGCAGACCUUGGGAGUCCAUUUUGGGAUAAUGGUGCUAUUAGUGCACAGGGGGUUGCUGAGAUUCUGUCAGAAGAGCCACCUGCUCCAUUGGAGAGACAGCUGACGGGUAUUAUAUGGUUGAUUUUAGGGUGUUGUUUGUUCACAGAUAAGAGUGGAUCGAGGUUGAGACCAUUUGACCUUGUUGAGGCCAGUUCUCCAGAUAGCAUUCACAGCUUCUCCUGGGGGUCGGCUACACUUGCGUACUUGUAUCGUCAGUUGGGUGAGGCUAGUCGGACCUCCACAGUUGGGAUCACUGGAUGCCAGCGCACAGCAUAUUAG